AUGGGUUUCUACCUACUAACACCGCCUGCAAAAGCCUGUGUCCUCACGUUUGUUCCUUACGCUGGAAUGUGGGCUGACUGCGGCCUCUCCUGCGCCGUUUCACGAGGAGUUUACGACAGCAAUGAAAAUCCCACGAACUCGCAUAUUUCCAACAAGGUAUCGUGUAUGUCGGUAGCCCCAAUGGGUAGUUCUGUUAACAAGCUACUGUAUAAUGAGGAUGAUAAGUACCGGCUGCAGGACGCGGCAGGCGGAGGAGGAGCCUCACAGCCGCCCACACCUGACCUGCAACAGCAACAGCAACAGCAGCAACAGCACCAGCAGUUUUCGUCGCCGUCCACCAGCAGUGCGGCGGCGGCAGCGCUACCGAACCCGCAGACCGCCACUGCGCCCGUCGUCGCUCCCACGCCCGCAGCGCCGCCCGCAACCCCCGCCGCCGCCGCCGCCGCCGCCGCCGCCGCCGCACACGCGGGAUCCUCGCCCGUAGCCUCGCAGCAGCAGCAGACGCAGCAGCAGCAGCAGGCCGUUUCACAUAGUACGAAGUCUGAGGAAAAGGGCGAGCAGCAUGCCGACGCCCACUACAUCUCAGCGAAUUGCGUCGUCCUCACGUACUUCAGCGGAGACCUUGCAACGGCAGUCGACGAGCACUUCUCAAGGGCGCUUACGCAGUCUUUCAGCAAGUCCACCAAAGAUCCGUGCCCAAUGUCCCAGCGGAACCUCCCAGCGUCGUUCUGGAACAGCCACUACCACGCGGGUAUGUCCGGGUACCCGACGGCGGGCAGCUCCGUCACCCUCACAGGCCACGAGUCCUUGUACCCGGAUUACUCGAGCCUGCACGGCCUCCACCAAGGGGACCCGUGGGCCUACAACCUCACGGCGGCGGGACAGUAUGGCCACCACCGGUCUAUGGCGGAUUUCACGUACAUGCCAUCGUCUUCCAGGUACCCUCACAACUACUCCUCGCUCCUGAUGGGUCGCCCUCGACUGCCGCAGUGCGUCGUGGGCAAAGCUGACCCUUGGAGUACCGCGCCCCGCCUUCACGAUGACGUCACACUCGAUCCGACGGCGGCCUAUACCCAUCACUUCUCGUCGAUGACAGGUCUGGAAGGCACGGGAGCGACCCAAGAGGCGAGCAAGGAUCUGUACUGGUUCUAGAGGGUUCUUCCGGGCACGGGGAAGGUUCUAGAGGUUCUUCCGGGCACGGAGAAGGUUCUAGAUAUUCUUCAUGGCGCGGAGAAGGUUCUGGAAGUUACUCUUGGCACGGGGAAGAUUCUAGAGCUUCUUGCUGGCACGGAGAAGGUUCUAGAUGCUUUUUUUCCUGGCACGGAGGGGGUGCUAGAGGAUCCUCUUAGAACGGAGAAGGUUCUAGACGGAUCUACGUGGCACGUGGAAGGUUCUAGAUGCUAUUCUUGGCCAGGAGAAGGUUCUAGAUAUUCUUCAUGGCACGGGGAAGAUUCUAGAGGUUCCACCUGGCACGGGGAAGGUUUUAGACGUUUUUUUCUGGCACGGAGAAAGUUUUAGACGGAUCUUCCUGACGUUCUCAUGCCCAGUAUCGACGAAGAAAUACUACGAACCUUCGCAUAAUUGAGAAAAAAAAAAAAUAUAUGAAACUUCGUAUGCCUGAAACAAAAAAAAAAA